AUGGCAGCCACCUCUGAGAAACCAGCCGGCAUGAACAAUAUGCUGCAAUUUAUGAAACUUAUCGGACAGCUCAAAAGGGUGCCACGGACCGGUUGGGUGUACCGGAAGGUGAAGAAACCUGAAAGCGUAUCGGAUCACAUGUACCGCAUGGCCAUGAUGUCUCUGACUAUCACUGACCCCACAGUGGACAAAGACAGGUGCAUAAGGAUGGCUCUCGUCCAUGACAUGGCAGAGUGCAUUGUGGGAGAUAUCGCUCCAACAGACAACAUCAGUAAAGCAGAGAAACACAGGCGAGAAGAGGAAGCAAUGAGACAUCUGACCAGUCUUUUGCCAGAGGGACUCAAACAGGAUAUUUAUGCGCUGUGGGAGGAAUAUGAGUCUCAGAGCAGUCCCGAGGCCCGGCUGGUCAAACAGUUUGACCUCCUGGAGAUGAUCCUGCAGGCUCAUGAGUACGAAGAGCUGGAGGGAACGCCGGGAAGACUGCAAGAGUUCUUCGACUCCACUACCGGCCGGUUCGAGCACCCGGCCGUGCUCCAGCUGCUCAGCUCCUUGAACGAAGAAAGGGCAAGUCACAUGAGCAGCAACGAUGGGGCAACGGAUUCUGGGGAAUCGCAGACUGGUAGUUCAGCAUCUGAGCCGGCACAUGCAGCAGCAAACACAUCCUGA